AUGACCGAGGCCGACUUUCGAUUUUUUCAUCGCGUCUUCGGAAAACAAAGGCUCAUUUCGGAUGAGGAACUGAGAUGGUUAUUCGCCUGGAGAUGCAUCCUCUACCUCUAUGAAGUGGCGGUGUACAAGACCUUCUGGUGCAUUAACACGGUCCUCGGGGCCAUGUCAGUCGCUGCGGGUUCUACAACGGUCUUUCCGAUAGUUGACGAAGAAACACUUAGCGCUGCCAGAGAAGUGGCCGAAAGAAUCGUGAACGAAAUUAAAGAAUCCUUUAAGACCUGCUCGUGGCUCGAUGAGGAAACACGCUCCGGAGCCUUGCAGAAGAUAUCCAAGAUGAAGGUCCGCCUGGGAUACCCGCCUAAACUGAAUACGUCCCAAAAAGUCGAUGCGUUCUACAAGGACUUCCCCGACUUAAACGGCCCUUUUGUCCUGGAUUAUCUAAAGCUGAACGCAUUUCAAACAAAGAAGGACUGGAAAGGUGCAGCGGAUGGUUUCUCCGAUUAUUUCUACGACCUGGCGGUCCCUCUGAACGCGAACGAAGCCAAUGGCUUCAACAUGAUUAGCUCGAACUUCAUCUCAGUGGGUGUCCCUUUCCUCAUGAAACCGCUCUUUAGCGCAGGUGGCCCCCCUGAGAUCAACUAUGGCAUGCUGGGAUUCAUAACGACGCACGAGAUAAUGCACGGCUAUGAUCAAGGGGGCCGUCUCAGGGAUGGCACCGGGGCCUUAUCACCGUGGUUUACGCGGAAGAGUCUUGCGGAGUACAAGAUCCUGGAGCGGUGCUAUGUAGAACACAUAGACAGUGUUCCGAAAGCGAGGUCACUCGUUGCUUUCGCGCAGGAAUACCAGGCAGACGCCCUCGGCACUUUAUCCCUCUUAAGGGCGUACCAGAAGGCUGCCAGAGAAUCCAGGGUACAUCUGGGUGACGUGAAAGGCCUGUCGAGAGAUCAGCUUUUCUAUGUCGCACUCUGUGUACAAUGGUGCGGACUACCACCUACUACAUCUGAGGGAGAGACACACCCACCUCCGGACGAGAGAUGCAACGUGCCUCUCAUGAACUCUGCGUACUUUAGCAAGGCGUUUUCUUGCCCACCCAACUCUCCGAUGAAUCCGCCGCAAAAAUGCUUAUUUUGGUGA